AUGGAAUUUGACUUUAGCACUUUAAAACCCAAAGCUAACAACAAUACAGAGGUUUCAUUUUCAUCUCCAUUAAUGGGCAUGGAUCUUUCUCUCAAGCUUGAGAAAGAGAAAGAUGAAGGAAGAUCAAAACACAACCGUGAGAAGGAAGUAGAAGAAGAAGAAGAAGAAGAUGAUGAUGAUGUUGGUGCUAGUGAAGACAAAGAUGAACAAAUGGUGACAGAAGUCGAAACUGAAGAUUCUUGUUUAAGUUCAAGAACCCGAAAAGAAGAAAAAGAACGUGAAGAGCUCUUGCAGAUGCAGACCGAGAUGGAACAUGUGAAAGAAGAGAAUACGAGGCUGAGGAAGCUUGUAGAACAAACCCUUCAAGAUUAUCGUCAGCUCGAGAUGAAAUUCCCGGUUAUCGAUCAAACAAACAAAAUGGAUCUUGAAACGUUCCUUGGGGCACAAGCCAAGGCUCAGAAAAGAGGAGUAGAAAGAAUUGCUUCCUUGCCUUUGGUAGAUGGAGAAUUAGGGCUUUCACUUUCUCUACAGAAAAAGCAGAAACAAGGAGAGAACAAAGAAGCUGAGUCUCGUAACACGCAAAGAUGCAAUAGUAGCAGCACCAUUCAGGGAAAAGAUAUAAGCACACAACGUGUCAUAACGUCUUCUUCGCAGGGGAAUAGAAAGGCCAGGGUGUCAGUGAGAGCGAGAUGUGAAACCGCAACGAUGAAUGAUGGAUGCCAGUGGAGAAAGUACGGUCAGAAAACAGCGAAAGGGAAUCCAUGUCCAAGAGCUUAUUACCGAUGCACCGUGGCUCCAGGAUGUCCCGUUAGAAAACAGGUGCAAAGGUGUUUAGAAGACAUGUCGAUAUUGAUAACAACCUACGAAGGAACACAUAACCACCCACUUCCGGUCGGAGCUACAGCCAUGGCUUCCACUGCGUCCACUUCUCCAUUCUUGUUACUCGAUUCUAGCGACAACCUCUCUCAUCCUUCCUAUUUCCAACAAAACGGCAGUGACAAUCGAUCCAUAAGAAGCUUAAUUAACUUUGAUGGUCCAUCAUCUAGAGGAGGAGAUCAUGUUUCAUCUUCCCAAAACCGGUUAAACUGGAUGAUGUAGAGUUUCCCCGUCGCUCAUUAUUUUCCUUUGGUUCCUUGAUCUUUGUUAUAUUGUUGAAGUCGCCAUUCUUGCAUUUUCUUGUUCUUGUUUCUUAACGUUUAU